CCCCCAAAAUUCCCGGUUUUCCCGCUAUUUUUUUUCCCGGGAAUGACGCAAAUUCCGUGACUCAAACCGCGGGAAUUCCCCCGGGUGGGCGUGGCUUCCUCACAAACCACACCCCACUCCCUUCUCCACCAAUCACAUCGCGGCGUGGGCGUGGCCUCCUCCCCCUGUUAUAACGGCGGGGCCGCGGGUUCGAAUCCCGGCAUUUCCUGUCGCGAUGUCGAUGGUGGCGGCGGUCGCGGCCACCGCGCGGUGUCCGGGGCGGGUUUGGGGACAUCCCGAGGGUGUCCCCAAGGGGGUGGCACCGUCCCCCACCUCGUCACUUCACCUUCGAACCCCUCCCGCCGCCCCCCCGGCCCCUCCAGGCCCCGGCGGCGGCAUCGCCGCGUUCUUUACCCGCCCGCUGUUCGUCGUCCCCUCCCCUCGGAAGAACCCAGCGCCGCCAAGCGACUGCUGCUGCUCCUCCUGGCCGUGGUGGGCACCCAAAUCUACAACGCGCCGGGUGACGUCGGCACCGAUGUCGCCCUGGGGACGCCGCUGGGGACGAGGACGCCCCUGGGGACACCCCCGGUUCCUGAGGGACCCCAAAUUCCGGCCGGGAACGGCAGCGGGACGGCGGCGCCCGCGGGCGCCUCCUGCCCCUCGGCGUCGGUGGCGCCGCCUUUGGCGCCCCCUGGUGGCGCCAGGAGGAGCUGAGGGACCCGCCCCAAACCCUGCCGGGGGGCGGUGCCCAGGAGUGCCACGCCCCCCUGGACUAAUUAACGAGGUCGCUAAUUAAGGACGAAGAGAUGGAAGUCCCAGGAGUGCCACGCCCCCCCUGGACUAAUUAACGAGGUCGUUAAUUAAGGACGAAGAGCUGGAAGUUGGUCAAUCCCAGGAGUGCCACGCCCCCCUGGACUAAUUAAUGAGGUUGUUAAUUGAGGUCGGGGUUGGAAGAAGGUUGUGAGGUUGGAUAAUCCCAGUUUGGAACUGGGAGCACUGGGAAGGGACGGAGCCAUGGAUUAAGAUGGAUUUUCCCAUCCCUUAAUUAAUUAUCCGGUUGAUUAACCUCUAAUUAAUGACCAGCGCAUUAAUUAGCUCCCAAUUAACGUGGGAACAAAGCCAACAUUUGGAUUUUGAGGUUCCUCAAUCCCAGUUUGGAACUGGGAGCACUGGAAAGGGGCGUGGCCAGGAUGGCCUCAUUAACGAGGUUUUAAUUAACGAGGUCACCUCUACCUCAGCUUCAGCACCUGUGGGUUGCUGAAUUGAUUAAUUAUCAAUUAUUUAUUAUAAUUAUUUAUUUGUUAUUUAUUUGUUCUUAUUUAUUUGUUCUUAUUUAUUUGCUAAUAUUUAUUAAUUAUUUAUUAAUUAAUCACCCCUGGAUGAUUGAUUGUGACUCAAUUUGAGGGGGGAUUUUUGAUAUUUUAAUUAAUUAAACUCAUCAAGUGAAUUAA